AUGUGUGAGUUUUUCAUUUACUAUCAGUUUUUUAGCUUGAAAUUUUGAAUCAGAUUAUUUUUUAAAAAAUCGCAAAAAAGAGCCUUCGGUUUUCCAGCCGAAGCCGAGUUCAAGAAGCUCCACGAGGAGAUGCGCGAAUUGCGCAAGGCUGGAAAACACGACGAGUUCGUCAAAAAGUUCGCCGCUCAGGGGGCCACUUUCAUCGGCCCCAUGCACGACCCUCUGGACGCUGCUUGUGAGAAAAGAGAUCACUUGAAUGUUCACUAGAAUGACCACUUCAGCGCUGGCCGGAUUCGCCAACUCGCCAAAAGGAGCGGCGUUGGCCGGGGCGGAGAUCGACGUCACCAUUGACGAGAUCAAGGUUUUCGUGAGAAAUUUAGGGUGGUUCGUAGCCGCGUUUGGAAUGGCUCAAAGCGCCGCGGUUUCGGUCGGAAACUGAGCUUUGCCACUUCUUGAGACCUCUAGGCGUAAAUCGUUUUAUGUCCGGCGCAGCUCGAGGCCAAUCGCUACACACUGAGUCAUUUUACGCUCAUGCAAGAUUUGAGUUCAAAAAGGGUUAGCGGUAUAGCUGAUUCACGGCUGACUUGAGCCAUCUAAAAUGGGUCCUGGCGCGAUAAGAAGAGAGACAGUGUCUGGUUGGAGAGCGCAGACAGGCCACGCCCCUUUGCGUCCCAAGCUAGCCGUGAAUCGACUAUAUAACUGUAUCUCUCAAACUUGAAGCAACCCUGAAAAUCUUGAAAAAAAGCCAGAAAACAUGAAAAUCAGAAAAAAAAACGAAAUUCAGGUGAUCGGAGACGUGGCCAUCGACCGCUGCUCGUUGAUCGUCAAACUGCCGACCGGCGAGAAAAAAGGAUGGUAAGGAACCAUUUGAGUGUUCUCCCAUCUCAAAGUCACCACUUAAGGUCUCUCAGCCUGUGGGUCAAGGAGGACGGAGCCUGGAAAAUCCGCAACGCUUGCUCCACCUUCAAGCUUGAGGCUCCUUAG